AGCGAGAGCAGCGGAGCAAGAAAACGGCAGGCGAAAGCGGUGGCUUCUUCUCCUUUUUAUAUAUUUCUGCUAUUUAUAAUAUUCUGUUUUUGUCAUCUUUCGCCCUUCUCUCGUUCGGUCGGGGCAAUCGCGCGCUUUCCGAUGGUGGCCGCGACCACGUGAGCCGGCUGCCGGGGGCCGGAUCGACGUCUCCAGUGAGGUGCUCCGGCGUGGAAUGCUGGGAUUCCGGCGAUCGGGCUGCGCUAUCAGCUGAUCUACGGGGAUUGAUCGUGAUCUCUGGGCCGGCGCCGGAAUCGGUCCCGGUCGCCGGAACCGCAUCUCCGGCGAGGUCGACCUGCAAUUUGUCGUGUUUUCACCGUUGCUCGUGGAGUGUGUUCUUCGAUCGGAAGACGAUCGGGUUUAGCUGAGUCGAGAGUUUGAGUGUGGUUGCGGAGUCUUAUAUGGAGUAAGGUAUAUUAAGAGAUUUCAAAAUCCCUGAUCCAAUAUGCAUCAAAGGGGAUUCUUGUCAUAUGUGUCUAUUGAGUAUUGUUUUUAGUGCCAGCAGUUUAUAACUUGUUUGCCUCUUCAUACGUCUCUCCAGUGUGCGGGCAACUUGCAAAAUCUGUGACAUUUUUAAGCUGUUCAUUGUGAGAAUCCAAAAAAAGAAAUGGAAAUGCAAGAUUGCAAAUCAGAAACCAUAGUUGGUGCUCCAAGAUGUGUGCUUUCACAACUUUUAAGAUUCUUUGAUCAAGAUCAUGGUUCAUUCCAGAAGUACAUUUUGGCUUACAUGCUGUUGGCUAGAAAUUGGAAUUUAUUGCAAGAGGUUGAAAGAAAUAUAUACGAGAAAGAGUUGUAUAUGCCUAAUCUGGACCCUGCAGGACUGAAGAUGAAAAGACAUGCUGCAAAGACACAGACUGGUAGUGAUUACGGUGAUCAAAGAUCCAAUGACUGUCUCCUUCCAGGACUUCAUGAUGAUAUUGCACUAGAUUGCCUGACCUGGACAUGUAGGUCUGACUACCCAUCACUUGCUUGUGUGAAUAAAAGGUUUAAUUUGUUGAUUAAUAGUGGAUAUCUUUACAAAUUAAGAAGACUUCUUGGUGUUGUUGAGCACUGGGUAUAUUUGGCAUGUAGUUUGAUGCCUUGGGAAGCAUUUGACCCUUUAAGGCAGAGAUGGAUGAGGUUACCGAGGAUGCCGUGUGAUGACUGCUUUUCAUAUGCUGACAAGGAAUCUCUUGCUGUAGGGACGCAGCUUCUUGUUUUUGGUCGGGAAUUGACUGGUUUUGCUAUUUGGAUGUAUAGUUUAGUGAGACGUGAUUGGUCUAGAUGCCCAUUGAUGAACUUACCUCGCUGUUUGUUUGCAUCCAGUAGCUCUGGAGAAAUUGCUAUUGUUGCUGGUGGAAGUGACAGGAAUGGCCAUGUUUUAAAAUGUGCUGAGUUGUACAAUUCAGAGUUGAGUAGUUGGGAAACUUUACCAGAUAUGAAUUUGCCAAGGAGAUUAUGUUCUGGAUUCUUUAUGGAUGGGAAGUUUUAUGUUAUAGGAGGCAUGUCAAACCAUACAGAUUCUUUAACUUGCGGUGAGGAGUAUAACCUUCAAACAAGGACGUGGAAAAGAAUUAGAAAUAUGUACCCGGGUGGUAAUAGGGCCACUCAGUCUCCCCCUCUGGUUGCAGUUGUAAAUAAUCAGCUUUAUGCUGCUGAUCAAUCAACAAAUGAAGUCAAGAAGUAUGAUAAGGAAAAUAACACAUGGAACAUUGUAAGGCCGUUGCCUGUUAGAGCUGACUCUUCUAAUGGUUGGGGCCUUGCAUUCAAGGCCUGUGGUGACAAGUUAUUGGUGAUUGGUGGUCAUAGAGGGCCUCAAGGUGAAGUCAUAGUGCUGCAUGCUUGGUGUCCUGAGGAUGAUAAUACUGGUGAAGCAGAGUGGGACAUUCUUUCUGUCAGGGAACGAGCUGGUGCUUUUGUUUACAAUUGUGCAAUAAUGGGUUGUUGAAGCAUGCACGGGCAUGCUGGUCAUAAAUCAGAGUAGAUAGGAGGGCAAUUGCCUCAUCUAAUUGGUGAAGCAACUUAUGUUUACUGGCUACCUUCUGUUUCAAGUUUUUACAUUAACUUGUAUUUAUCAAUGACAUCUUAUUUAUGCUCUUUUAAUCGAGAUCUCUAUGAGACAAACUAGAUCGUUGAUUUAAUGUGGAAGCUUCUUAUUUACUUUUCUUCUAAAUUUGGUUUCAGUAGCAUGAAAUUUUGUGAUAUUAGAAUAUGGCAAGGUAACCUAGCAUUGGGAUGUGCAAUUAUAAUUCAAUUAUAAUC